AUGGCCACUCACUUCCAUGGGGAGGACUCUGCUGGCCAGCACGACAUCCCUCACACUUCGCAAAUGCUUGACGAUAACGAUCUUCUUGAAGUCCAGAGCGACGUCUACGAGUCUCCGACUUCGAAGAGACUAAGAGAAGAACAAGAGGCAGAUCCCACCGCCCAACCAGAUCAGCUUCGCCUCAAUGGCUCUGAGAUGACUACGAAGGGCUUCGUGAUGCCUCAGCCGAUGUCGAGGACUGUAGCCCCUAUGAAGAGCAAACGUGUGCAGUUCCAGCCUUCAUUCUCCAUGAUGUUCGCUCCUCUUGCCACUCCAAGAACGCCCAAGGAGGAGCCGUCAAGAAAACAAGCUGGCUUGACGAAAGCUGACAACGCUGCUGCUCCCGCUCGCCAGCAAGCCACCGGAUUGAACCAACACGCAUCACACCAAGAAGCCGGGGAGGUCGAUACCGUGACCAAACAAUCACCCCCAGGAAAGCACGGAGUGUCCACGUUCACGGACGAGACCGAACCAGACCAUAAUGACCAGCCUGGAUACAAUCAGUCUACAGCACCGGAAGCCGCUGCAGUGAAUCAUCAGGCUCACGACGCUCAGGAUGACGUUGCGAUGGUUGAAGCAGAGCAGAUCGAUCAGCCCGCCAAGCUUGAAGAUCACAUUAUAGACCAGCAAGCCUCGCCUGCCGUCAUCGAAGUUGCAGAAGAAGCCGUACUCGCUGCCGGUCAUGGAGAGCCUGUCCAGGAAGAUGACGAAUUACCAGCUCACGCCGCAACGGACGACUUUGGCCGGCCAGACGAGCAAAGCUAUCAAAACGUCCCACAGGAGGCUGGUGAGGUUCUUGAUGUCCUGCCUAACGAUGAGCAAAAUCAUGCCGUCGAGGUCGAUGACGGCCAACAGCAUCAUGUCGCUGACAUUGAGCAUGUUGAAGUCGGAAAUGAUGCCAUAGCAGACGAACUUGACGAUACCUGCGUCGACUCAGGUGUCGACAACUCGUGCAUCAAGCAGAACGAGGCGACAAGACACAGCUCCGUGAAAUCAAGCAGAGUGACAAAGUCGCGACAGAGAGCGGCCCAUCGAGAGCACUCCCAGGGGCUCCAGAUCCCUGCAGAGCUCUCCCCGGAGGAGCUUGCACAUAUCUGGGAGCAACGCUACGCCAAGGCCAGAGCCACUGUCAAGAAUAUCCAGCAGCAUCUCGGCGAGGUGCACAACGAGAACAAAGGCCUCCAGGAGGCGUUGGAAAAUGCUACACGGGAAAAUCACGAUCUUCUGGGCACUAACGAAAUUUUGGAGACAGAGGCCGCCUCGUUCCAGGACAAAUAUAGAAAGCUGAAAGCUUUUGCGAAGAAGCUCAGUACCGAAAUGAACGUCUUUCGGACUGACCGACAGAAGCAUCUGGCUACUCAGCAUGAAAUGGAAAUUGCAAAGCAACAUUACCAGGCGGCCUCUGCCGACUUGCAGGCCACCGCCAAGAAGGUUCAGGAGGACUUUGAUAAACAACGUCAUGGCGGGCGAACCAACAUCGCUGCCCUCAAGUCUGAUCUAAGUAGUCACGGCAAGGCGCUGAAGAGUCUGCAAGACCUCGAGAAAGAGAGACACCAAGACUUGCGCAAAGAGCAGAUCGCGAAUGAUCAGCUCCGUAAGGACGUGGCGGCUGUUCGCCAAUCGCAACUGUCUGCGGAACAGGCUGCGCAGAAGCAUGCUGAGCUAUUCUCUGAGCGCGCGAGCGAGAUUAGUGCGAGCAUCACAAAGUUGCCAGAGACUCUUCAUGUUCAACAGACUGAGCACGCGAUCAAGGACUGCCAUCAAGCUGUCAAAGCACAGGACUCGAAGAAUCUUGCAUCUCAAAAGGACGUCGGAAACCUGGCAACGUCUGUAACUCGUUUGCAGGAGUCUGUCACAUCGCAAGAAGUUCUCCUCAGGGAGGGCUUCAAGGAAGCAUCUGCCCAAUGCUCCAAAAUUGAGGCGGCGACAGCUUCUGCACAAGCACCUGUCCAACAGCUACUUGAUCGAACCCAAACCCUGGCUCCUGACUUGGCGAAGAUGCAGGACCUCCAGACCAAGAAUGUCGAGCUCAAGGCGAAAGCUGAGGCAAAGACGCCAUGCUUGUGCAAGUUGAAGGCCAGUUGA